GGUGGUCCAUUUUUGUUACUUUUAAAUUUUUAAUAGAAGAACCAAUAUACAAGAAUAUUACGAAUUUAGUAUACAGCCAUUCAGAGACCAUUAUCAUUUAUCAAAACGGAGAACAAAGGUUACGAAGCUCACACCAUCACGAGAGAAAGAGAGAAAUUAAAACUUUACUCUAGCCAGACGUAAAUGACGUUGGAUUUGGCCCAUGACUCUCAGUUUGGGCUACAAAUCAGAAAGCCCAUUGAUAACAUACGAAUAAAAAUCCCAGUUUUUCAAAAUUGUGAUAGAAGCAACAUACAUAGAUGAAAAACGUCUCUUAUGAGACAACAAAAGACUUUCAUAAAUCAUAUGUGAAAAUCACUUUUCCAGAGAUUAUUAGCCUCUGGUGUCUAUCGUAUCGUUGUGCAUAAAGAUUAUUCAUAUCUGAUAUCUCUAAGAAUUGACAAUUUGAUCCUAUAAACUCCCUAAUAUAGCAAACUUCUACAAUAUCUUACUAAAGAUUAUCACAUGACCAACCCUAAUUUACUCUUUCUCUCUCAUUUUUUUCACAAAAUAGCCCAAAUAUGGAACCUAAGAUUGACUCGUUUUAUCUCUCUCUCUCUCCUCUCUCUGCUUCAAAGGUUAAUAAAAACAUGGAAAACUGAGAUAGGAAGCAAUGGCCAAUACCUUAUCCCUACCAUUCGGAGAUUUGCCACCAAACGAAUAACAAUCUUAAUGAUCUAUCCAAUGGAGAAUCGUCCACUCCUUAGGGGGCUAAUCAAGAAUUCGAUUUUCCAAUUCCAUAGCUUUUUCAAUUCUCCUAAUUUCGUCAAAUGUGACUGAGAAUUUGAAUAACAAACACUGAUUGUGUACACAAACAAUGUCGAUAUUUCCUUCUUUCCAAUUGCUAGAGCUCAACAUAAUCUCUGCUCAAGAUCUAGCUCCUGUCUCACGUAAAAUGAAGACCUACGCGGUGGCUUGGGUUCACUCUGAACGCAAACUCACCACCCGCGUAGAUUACACCGGUGGUGGAAACCCAACUUGGAACGACAAGUUUGUCUUCCGAGUUAGCGAGGAUUUCCUCUACGCCGAUACUUCAGCCGUCGUGGUUGAAAUCUACGCUUUACAUUGGUUCCGUGAUGUUCACGUUGGCACAGUCCGUGUCCUCAUUAGCAACUUAAUCCCUCCAAAUCGCCGACCUGGAUACCGAAGCAACGAGGAGUACCGUCGUACACCCCCUCCCGGAAUGCGAUUCGUCGCACUUCAAGUUCGCAGACCAUCAGGUCGUCCUCAAGGAAUAUUAAACAUCGGUGUGGGAAUACUGGACGGAUCAAUGCGUAGCAUGCCACUUUACACCAAUAUGGACUCUUCUGCAGUAGGUUACAGAGACUUGCUUGGAGAAGAAGAUCCAAAUCUGCAGAAUUUGCAUCUCAAUAGCUUCAAAGGAAGCUCAAAGAAUCCACAAUCACCAUCUUCUAAACAAUACCAAUCCGUAGUCUCGAGACCGCCAAUGCUCCGUCGUACAAGGAGCGAUACAAGUUCAAUGGUCGUUUCCGAUCUUCUAAGCAGAGUUGAGCGAAGUCGUGUAGCUAAUAGGAAGCCAGCGAGCGCGUUGAUGAGCGCAGAAUCGGAAACUGUACCUACAACGACGGGACACGAUUCAGUGACUUCAGAUUCCGAGCUGACGAAAUCGAUAGAGUAUGCACUUCCUUAUCAAUCCCCAAAGAUUCCAAGUCAGGGAUACGAUUCAUACGAGCCUGAUUUCAUAGAUCAAUCACCAAAUCACAAUGUGUUGCGGCCGAGAAGUGAGAGACAACACGAACCUGAUUUCAUAGAUCAAUCACCUUUUCGAUCAAACGAUCGUUCACGCAAAACUCCGAGAAGAUCAACACCAAUGAUCGAGAAACCAAGACCGCCGAGAGACUAUGACCGUACAAGCAGCCGCGCUUCACCAUAUUUGUCAAGACACGGAACGCCGUUGAGAUCAAACAUCGUCGCGUCUACUCCGAUCAGAUCUAACAUGGUUUCAUCAAGUCCAAUGAGAUCCACCGGCGUCGGAUCAACUCCGAGAAGAUCUAACAUCCUCGGAUCGACUCCGUUACGAUCCAACAUCGUCGGAUCAACUCCGAUUAGAUCUAACUACAAGGCUACACCGAUGAAAUCGCCUAUGCAAUUUGGUACUCCGAUGAGAUCUAAUUUAGCAGGAAGACCGGUUUUAACAGAAUCCGAAUUAGGUCCGUCGCCAUCAGAAGUAGCGCAGAAAAUGGCGAAAGAGAGAUCACAAGCUUACGAAACAGAGAGUUCGAUUCUUAGUGAAUGGAGCUUAGACGAUGAUAGUAACAUCGAAGGUCUCCGAUCGAAACUUGAGAGAUGGAGAACAGAGCUUCCGCCGCUUUACGAUCUGGGAUCGAGUCAUCAAAGCAGCGAUGUAGGAAGCGGCGCGAUGGUUGUUGCUAAUGUAGGUGGAGGAAAAAGCUCGAGGAAGAAAACUCCGGCGGUGAAGAAGAAGCAUAAUCGCCGUCACACUGAAGGAGGAGGUAACGGACUUUUCUCGUGUUUUAGUAAUUUGUGCGGCGUGGAAUGCACAUUCGUGUGUGGAGGCGGGUCGGAUCAAGACGGGUCAAAAAAGAAAGGUGGGUCUGGGCGUUUGCCCCGCUUGGGCUCUGCUGAUGAUUUGAGUUAUUUAUGAUUAUUUUUAAUUUUUAGGCUGACCAAUAUUCUUUUAUUUUCUAUAUAUUUGGUUUGUGAAAAUGAGAAAAUAUUUGUGAAUAUUUUUAAACAUUUCUCUUUUAAAAUGUCAUUGAGAAAUAUUGCAUGCUAUUUUCUUCUUAUUACAAUUGAUAUACAGUACACUAAUACACAUGAAACUAUAAGGUAAGUUCAGAUAGUUUGUAAAAUGUAAAAAUUU